AUGGAUUUAAACCAAAUCCAGUUCGGUUUACGCUGUUGUGGACGUUUUCAAGCUAUCAAACAUGCCAAGUCACUCCAUUCCUGUAUAAUAAAACUUGGCCUUUUUAAUCAUGUUUUUCUCCUAAAUAACAUGAUCUCUGUCUAUGCAAAGUGUUCCCAUUUCGAUGAUGCACGAACCCUUUUCGCCGAAAUGCCUCACAGGAACAUCGUUUCCUGGACAACUAUGGUCUCUGCUUUUACCAAUUCUGGUAGGCCCCACGACGCGCUUGCACUCUACAACCAGAUGUUGGAAUCUAAAACAGAGCAACCCAAUCAGUUCUUGUACUCUGCGGUUCUCAAGGCGUGUGGUCUCGUGGGAGAUGUUGAAUUGGGCAAGUGUAUACACCGCCACAUAUCUCAAGCUAAGUUAGAGUUUGACACGGUUCUGAUGAAUGCACUCAUGGACAUGUAUGUCAAAUGUGGGAACUUGAGGGUUGCGCAACGAGUUUUCUAUGAAAUCCCGCGUAAAAAUUCGAUUUCAUGGAACACCCUCAUUAUGGGACAUGCAAAACAAGGUUUGAUGAGUGAUGCGCUGAAUCUGUUCGAUCAAAUGCCUGAAUCAGAUCUUGUAUCUUGGAACAGCAUCAUUGCUGGUCUUGCUGAUAAUGCUAGUCCCCAUGCAUUGCAAUUUGUUUCUAUGAUGCACGUGAAGGGCCUUGAACUAGACGAAUUCACAUUCCCAUGUGGCCUCAAAGCCUGCGGCCUUCUUGGUGAGUUAACAAUGGGGAGACAGAUUCAUUGUUAUAUUGUCAAGUCGGGGUUUGAGUCUAGCCGUUACUGUAUAUCGGCACUGAUUGAUAUGUAUUCGAAUUGCAAGCUAUUGGAUGAAGCAAUGAAGAUAUGUGACCAAUUCUUCAGAAACUCUCCUGUUUCUGAAAGCUUGGCACUUUGGAAUUCUAUGCUUUCUGGGUAUGUUGCCAAUGGAGAUUAUGCUAAGGCUCUCAGUCUGAUUGCUCAUAUGCAUCAUUCUGGUACACAAUUUGAUUCCUAUACCUUUAGUAUUGCUUUAAAAGUCUGCAUCCACUUCCAUAACUUGAGAUUGGCAUCUCAAGUGCAUGGAUUGGUGGUUACCAGUGGCUAUGAGUUAGAUUAUGUUGUUGGGAGCAUUCUUAUUGAUCUGUAUGCGAAACAGGGAAAUAUUAAUUAUGCAUUAAGAUUGUUCGAAAGGUUGCCAGAUAAAGAUGUAGUGGCUUGGUCUAGUUUGAUUGUUGGUUGUGCUAGAUUUGGUUCAGGUACGUUAGCUUUUUCCCUCUUUAUGGAUAUGGUUCAUUUGGAUCUUGAGAUUGACCAUUUUGUCCUUUCAAUUGUUCUGAAAGUUUCUUCAAGUUUGGCAUCUCAUCGAAGUGGCAAGCAAAUUCAUGGUUUAUGUCUUAAGAAGGGGUUUGAAUCAGAUGGAGUGGUUACAACUGCUCUUAUUGAUAUGUAUGCAAAAUGUGGUGAGAUUGAGGAUGCCUUAGCUUUGUUUUGUUGUCCUUCAGAGGUAGAUACCAUGUGUUGGACGGGGAUUAUUAUGGGAUGUGCACAAAAUGGAAGAGCAGAUGAGGCUAUUAGUCUUCUGAAUAAGAUGAUGGAAUCUGGUACAAAGCCAAACAAAAUCACUAUUCUUGGUGUUCUUACUGCGUGUAGACAUGCUGGCUUAGUUGAAGAGGCUUGGGCUAUAUUUAAUUCUAUUGAAACAGAGCAUGGAUUGACACCAUGCCCAGAACAUUACAACUGCAUGGUUGAUCUACUUGGGAAAGCGGGACGUUUCAAAGAAGCAGAAAAAUUAAUUAGUGACAUGCCAUUUAAGCCUGACAAAACCUUAUGGUGCUCCUUACUUGGUGCCUGUGGAACUCACAAGAACCGAUAUCUUGCAAAUAUUGUUGCUGACCAUCUUCUUGCUACCUCACCAGAAGAUGCUUCUGUAUAUAUAUUGGUGUCAAAUGUUUAUGCAGAUCUUGGAAUGUGGGAUAGUUUAAGCAAAGUAAGAGAAGCUGUCAAAAAACUAGGCAUAAAAGUAGCUGGAAAAAGCUGGAUUGAGAUCUCAAGUUGA